UAAACUACGUACGGGUACAUAUACGUGUAUUAAACAGAGUAUUUAUUUAUCACAAAAUAAAGAAAACGCAGCGCACCAUUAGCUCAGCCAAAAGGAAAUAACCCGAUGGGAGAAGCCUCUGCCACCACCGCCGCGACGGCCGCCGCCGACGAGUAUCUUCUCAAGAGCUUCUUCGCCGAAGUCAGCGAAGUCGAGAGGGAUAACGAAGUCCUCAGGAUCCUUUCUUGCUUCAAAUUAAAUCCAUUUGAGCAUCUAAACUUAUCAUUUGAUUCAUCUCCAGAUGAUGUGAAAAAGCAGUAUCGUAAGCUAUCUUUAUUGGUUCAUCCUGACAAAUGCAAGCAUCCGAAGGCACAAGAAGCUUUUGGUGCAUUGGCGAAAGCCCAAGAGCUAUUACUUGAUCAGCAGGAAAGAGACUAUGUUCUCAGCCAAGUACAAGCAGCCAAAGAAGAACUUCGAGCAAAGAGGAGAAAGCAGAUGAAGAAAGAUGCUGCCAGCAAAGCAAAGUCGUUAGUUGAUGAGGGGAAAUACGAACAAGAAUUUGAGAGGUCGGAUGAGUUCCAACAGCAGCUAAAACUGAAAGUUCGGGAAAUAUUGACAGACCAGGAGUGGAGGCGGCGAAAAAUGCAGAUGAGGUUAUCAGAAGAAGAAGGUAGACUGAAGAAAGAUGAGGAAGAGCAAAAAGAGGUGUGGAAGAGAAAACGAGAGCACGAAGAGCAAUGGGAAGGAACUAGAGAAAAAAGGGUGUCGAGCUGGAGAGAUUUCAUGAAGACGGGGAAGAAGGGUAAAAAGGGAGAGAUUCGCCCACCAAAGCUGAAGACAGAGGAUCCCAACAAAUCGUAUGUUCAGAGACCGGUGAAGAAAGGCUGAGGGGUGCUGAACCUGCCGGGGGAGGAAUUGAUGAUGGCUGUGUCCUCUUGCUGUUCGGAGGGUUAAGAAAUAUGUACUUGUGUAUCAAUUUAGCUAUAGGAAGGCCAUCCAUUCCAUAUCGAUUUGAACAGCCGCUUUCAUAUUUUCUUUUCCUUGGGUUAAACCCAACCCUUCAUUAGGCUCAACAGAGGUCAAUCCAAAAGGAAACCAAGGUGUAAUGCACAAACUGUCUGACGUAUGAAAAGGUUGCUGUUUGUGGAGCUUAUAGUUAUAGCCAGACCUGAAUAUCAGAACCUCUUGUGAGAUGUGUAAGUAGGUGGUAAAACCUGAUCCAAAGAAUGAUAGGUAUACCUUGAACCCUCAUUGAGAUCACUAAAGUGUACUAUCUAUUUGAUUUUUCUGGUACAUUACUGCAAGGUCAUGAUUUUAAGUUGGAAA